AUUUCUGGGGGUGUCUUCCUUGUGACUAUCCAUUUUCCACCUGAUUAUCCUUUCAAACCUCCAAAGGUUGCCUUCAGAACUAAAGUGUUCCAUCCAAAUAUAAGCAGCAACGGCAGUAUCUGCUUGGACAUUCUCAAGGAGCAAUGGAGUCCAGCACUCACCAUUUCCAAGGUUUUACUGUCCAUAUGUUCAUUGUUGACCGAUCCAAACCCCGAUGAUCCUCUUGUGCCUGAGAUUGCUCAUACGUGCAAGAGUGACAAAGUCAAAUAUGAGUCAACGGCUCGGAGUUGGACCCAGAAGUAUGCCACUUGUUAAUUAAAACCCUAAUCUUGUUUAAGUGAUUUACCUCCUCUUUUUACUGUCAAUAAUUACUGUUUGUGUUAUGAAUGUUGAGGUCCCAACUUGUAAUCUGAGCUCCUUUGCUUGAAAAGAAUAUAUAUAGCUGCCAACUUCUUGUACUCUUCGUCACAAUCAAUAAAUCCAACUAAUGAA